AUGUCCCCUCAGAAACAGGCAAAGGAAGCAAUAGUCACAAACUUGGGUGGCACAGAGCAUGAAGUUGGAAGGGAGGAAGAGGAGCAAGACCAGUCUAUGUUUAGUGUCAAGAACAUCCUCUGGCACGGUGGUUCUGUAUGGGAUGCAUGGUUCACCUGUGCUUCAAAUCAAGUAGCUCAAGUGCUGUUGACACUACCAUAUUCUUUUUCUCAACUGGGCAUGCUAUCAGGUAUCAUGCUUCAGGUGUUCUAUGGGCUCAUUGGAAGCUGGACUGCAUAUCUAAUCAGUGUCCUUUACAUCGAGUAUCGCACUAUAAAGGAAAAGGAAAAUAUCAGUUUCAAGAACCAUGUCAUUCAGUGGUUCGAAGUUCUUGAUGGGUUAUUGGGUCUAUAUUGGAAAGCAAUUGGGCUAGGCUUCAACUGUACUAUGCUCCUCUUCACAGCUGUGAUACAGCUUAUAGCAUGUGCAAGUAACAUCUACUACAUAAAUGACAAAUUGGACAAAAGGACUUGGACCUAUAUUUUUGGAGCUUGUUGUGCUACUACUGUGUUCAUACCCUCCUUUCACAAUUACCGUAUCUGUUCGUUUUUGGGUCUUGGAAUGACCACUUACACCGCAUGGUACUUGACUAUUGCAUCCAUUAUUCAUGGCCAGGUGGAAAAUGUGACACACUCGGGUCCAACAAAGCUAGUGCUAUAUUUCACUGGAGCCACUAACAUUCUGUACACAUUUGGUGGACAUGCAGUCACUGUGGAGGUUAUGCAUGCAAUGUGGAAGUCUAAGAAGUUCAAGUACAUAUAUUUAUUUGCAACUUUGUACGUUUUCACAUUAACGAUUCCUUCUGCUACUGCCGUUUACUGGGCUUUUGGUGAUGAGCUGCUUAACCAUUCCAAUGCCUUCUCUCUCCUUCCCAGAAGUUGUUUCCGUGAUGUUGCUGUAAUCCUCAUGCUCAUCCACCAGUUCACAACAUUUGGGUUUGCAUGUAUUCCAUUGUACUUUGUGUGGGAGAAGGUAAUUGGGAUGCAUGACACAAGAAACAUUUGUCUGAGGGCAUUAGCAAGGGUGCCAGUGGUGAUACCCAUAUGGUUCUUGGCUAUAAUCUUCCCCUUCUUUGGACCCAUAAACUCUGCAGUUGGAGCUCUUCUGGUUAGCUUCACUGUCUACAUCAUUCCUACCUUAGCCCAUAUGCUCACUUACAGAAAAGCCUCUGCAAGACAGAAUGCUGCAGAGAAGCUUCCUUUCUUCAUACCAAGCUGGACUGCAGUGUAUGUCCUCAAUGCAUUCGUUGUGGUAUGGGUUUUGGUGGUUGGAUUUGGGUUAGGAGGAUAUGCUAGCAUAACCAACAUCAUGAAGCAAAUUAACACAUUUGGGCUGUUUGCAAAGUGCUACCAGUGCAAGCACCCAACACCACCACACGCAGCAGCAGCGCCCCCUCGCGCCCAUUACUGCGGGCAGGAGUAA